AUGGAAACAAACGAGACAGAAACCCAAGUGACAGAAACCCAAGUUGCUACCAGAGUCUUGAACAGCGACGAUACAGUUGAAGAGACUCCUAGCAUGAUUGAACAGUAUCUAAAGUCUAAAUUCCUGGAAGGACUUGAUGUGAAUGCGGAGGGAGGCUCCGAAAUUCCCUUCUUCAGCAAAUUUCAAGAAAUAAAGACUCUGCUCACAGAGAUUUUUCGAUCAACCCAGCCUGCAAGUAGGUCAAUGAAGGAGAUACUCUAUUAUCUCAACAACGUCCUGAUUGAGUGUAAGAUGCUAUCGGAGAAGCACUGCUUGUUUCGCUCUCCGAAGGAUCAUAUCGCCAUUAACAACAUCAGGAUGAAGUUGAACAAGAUAAAGACGGAACUCAAGGAAAUAAAAGUUCGCAGAAUGGCUUCAAAUGGGAACAUCCAACAACAAGAGCCAAAUGGGUCAUCAGGGGACACGCAUAUUUUCAGCCCCCCGGUUACUCCUCGCUCGGUAGAUGCGUCUAUUGUUCAUGGGUUUGAUGAGGAUGUAAUCAUAGUAAAAAAACUGGUUCUCUCUCAAGAAAGCGAAGAUGGGUUCAAGGCGAUCGCCAUUGUUGGCAGCUAUGGAAUAGGAAAAACAACACUUUCCCAGCUGAUAUUCAACAACCAGGAGAUGAAAACCCACUUCCUACCGAGAAUCUGGGUUUCCAUGUCCAAGUUUCCCGGCAAUGAUAAGGACCCAAAACGAGCAAUCGUCAAGAGAAUGUUGAUCUCGCUGGGAGUUGAAGAGGAAACCAUGGAUGUCGUUUUCCAGAAUCAUGGACUCCAAGGCCUAUUAUGCGCUCUUCACCUGCAACUGCUGGGAAAAAGGUACCUGAUUGUGCUCGACGAUGCCAGGGAUAUUGAUCCGUGGUACGGAGAGCUGAAUUCUCGGCUAAAGGGUGGUGGGAAAUGGGAAGAGAGGUUUGGGUAUGGAUUGCCAAAAGGGUAUGGAGGAACGGUGAUUGUGAGUAGUAGGGAUGAAGAAUUGGCCAAAAUGAUGGUGGGGGAGAAGAAUCUGCAUCAUCUUCUACCCCUAUCGGACCCGGAUAGCUGCUGGGCAAUAUUCAAAGACUCGGUUGAGAAAGAUGGGAUGCGGUUCAAUCCUUCAAACGUGCAAGAUCUGAGAAUGGAAGUGACACAGAAAUGUGGUGGGAUUCCAUUGGCAGCAAAAAUGCUGGGUGAGAGUUUGCAUAAGAAAAUCCAAAAUGAAUCAUCCACAUUCGGUGGGAAUCAGAAUCGAGUUCAUAACACCUAG